AUGCGUAAGGUUCUUAAAAGUGUUGUGGCCAAAUUCAAUGCAUCCCAGUUGAUUACACAGCGUCAGCAAGUAUCACUUCUUGUUCGUAAGGAGCUUAUAGACCGAGCCAAAGAUUUCAAUAUUAUUCUGGAUGAUGUUUCAUUGACUGAAUUAAGUUUCAGUAAGGAAUAUGCUGCUGCUGUUGAAUCUAAGCAAGUCGCCCAACAGGAAGCUCAACGAGCCGCAUUCAUCGUUGAACAAGCCAAACAGGAGAGACAACAGAAGAUCGUCCAAGCGGAGGGAGAAGCCGAAUCUGCUCUUAUGUUAGGUGAAUCCAUCGCCAAGGAUCCUGGUUACCUCAAGCUUAGGAAGAUUCGAGCUGCCCAACAAAUCGCAAAGACGGUCGCUAGUUCACAAAACAAGGUUUAUCUCAACUCUGGUUCUCUUAUGCUCAAUAUUGCUGAUAAGGAAUAUGACAUUACAGCUGAUACAAUUAAACCUGGUAAAAAAUAAUGGAACCUUGUCAAAUGUUAGAUGUUAAUUGAUAUAAAAAACGAUCACAAUCAAAGAAACAAAAAAAAAUAAUAGUCUAUUCAUCUUUAGUUUACCAAGAAACUUACACAUACACACAAAAAAAAUUAACUGUUGUAUUUCCUACCACUUAAUUGUCAAUUAAACACUUUUUUCGUCUAA